AUGCAUAUAAUCAAACGCGACAUGUGCAGUUCAUUUUUUUUGUUUCUAAUUAUUAUCGUACCGGUAUCGAUUGCCGAAGUUAAAGAUAUCAUCCAGUCUCAUUCACCUACUGUUUUGGGUGGAACUUUGCUGGUGUCUACCAUUGAUGGCUACCUCAAAGGAAUUGAUUUCCAUAGCGGAGAAGUGAAAUGGUCUUUGAAGGAAGAUCCGGUAUUGAUAUCUCCAAAAACCAUUCGACAUGGUUUUACCUUCAUACCAGAUCCGCAAGACGGUGGUUUGUACAUAUUGAAAGAUGGUCAAUUAAAGAAAUUGCCAUAUUCCAUACCACAACUUGUUUCUGCUUCACCUUGUCGAACUACGGAUGGUGUUCUUUAUGCAGGAAGUAAGAGAGAUGUAUGGUUGGAGAUUGAUCCAAAUAAAGGAAUAAAAGUGGGGGAGCUAUCGCAGUCAGAAACAGAUUCCCAGUGUCCGCUUAACAAGGAUAGCAGUAUUUUGAUUGGAAGAUCGGAAUACAAAUUAACAAUGGUGGAUCCAGAAAAUCGAGAUAGAAGAUGGAAUGCAACUUUUACCGAUUAUUCAAGUCAUCUUUCGCCUGUUGACCCUUCAUAUCCAUAUCAACAUUUUACGAGUACUGGGGGUGGUCAAGUGCUAGCGGUAAAUGCAGCAGAAGGAAGUGUAGCAUGGGAGGUAGAUGUGGGAAAUAUCGUGGUUGCAAUGUAUGUACUUCAAAGUGAUGGCUUACACAGGUUGCCGUAUACAGUUAUGGGAAAGGAAACAUUGGAGGAGUUGGUAAAGGUAAUACUUUCAAUAAUAUGA